UACGCGAUACUCGCCGUCAGCACGAAAAGCGACUGUAUUUCUACCUGCGCAAUCGACCGAUUCAGCGUCCAUCCUCGACCCAUCUCCAGCAUCCCUCACAAUGCCUCUCUGCGGCGGAUCCAAGACGGUGCAGCGCAAGCUGGUUCUUCUGGGCGAUGGUGCCAGCGGAAAGACGUCGCUGCUCAACGUCUUCACAAGAGGUUACUUCCCGACCGUCUACGAACCCACCGUCUUCGAAAACUACGUUCACGACAUCUUCGUUGACAACGUCCACAUCGAGCUCUCGCUCUGGGAUACGGCUGGACAGGAGGAAUUCGACCGUCUACGAUCUCUCUCUUACGAUGACACCGAUUUGAUCGUGCUCUGCUACUCGGUCGAUAGCAAAGACUCGCUAGAAAACGUCGAAUCCAAAUGGGUCGGUGAGAUUGCCGACAACUGCCCCGGCGUCAAGCUGGUCCUGGUCGCCCUGAAAUGCGAUCUGCGCCAGCAGGAGGAGGAAGAGCCCGAAGAAGGCGCAGCAGCCGACGGCAACCCUCCGCGCGAGAAGCCCCCCACCAUUUCCUACGACGAGGGCCUCGAAGUCGCCAAGCGAAUAGGCGCAUCCCGAUACCUCGAGUGCUCGGCCAUGAAGAACCGCGGAGUCAACGAGGCCUUCACAGAGGCCGCCCGUGUGGCGCUGAGCGUCAAGAAGGAGAGGGAAGACAACAAAUGCACAAUCAUGUAAAGAUGAUGCAGCUUUUACCCCGUUUAUGUCGGGGUUCUCUUCUUGAUACCCCCCCCGAUGUGCCUUGCAGACAGGCUGCAAUGAGGCCGCGUAAAGCAAGAGGCAACUUUCCAUGCAACGACGCAUUCUUUUUUUUUUUUUUUGUCAUUUGAAUCUGCUUCUGUCCCAUUUUGUUUGUUUGUUGGUUUUCCCCCCAAAGCUACAUCAAUCUACCAUGGACCUUCACCGUACAUAUUCGACUGCGGAAUGACCGAUUUGCGGUUUCUAUUUUUGUUGUAAUUUUUUCCUGGAA